AUGUCUGUGAGUUCGUGCGCGGAGUGUUGAUUUCCCCCCACGCUACGGCGCUUGUUUACCGCAGACAUGGACCUGCACAUUCUCGAGCACAGGCUCAAAGUGACGAGCAUCGCCAAGCAAGGGCUCUUCGUCUUCACGCACCCGCUCAUCAAACUCAUCUUCCUCCGCAGCAGGACGAGAUGCAAGUUUCUGAGCCUGACAGAAACUCCGGAGGACUUCACUUUGGUCCUCGACGAGGAGGGCUUUAAAGAGCUCCCAUGCUCCGAGUAUCUUCAAGUGGAGGACUCCAUGUGGCUGGCCCUCAAUGUGGUUUCCAACGGGCAUGCCUCUAGCAGCUCCCAGGCUGUGGGCGUCACCAAGAUCGCCAAGUCGGUCAUUGCCCCCCUGGCUGAGCAGCAUGUCUCCGUCUUCAUGCUCUCCACCUACCAGACUGACUUCAUUCUGGUUCGCGAGAAGGACCUCUCAGUGGUCAUCGACACCCUGCAGGAGGAGUUCAACAUCUACAGGGAGGUUGGUGGAGAAUGUGUCCCUGUGCCCAGCCAGGAUGUGCACAACGGUUUCCAGAAAAAUGGGAAGGAGGCUACUAAAGCCACUGUCCACCCGGUGCUGAGCCCUUUGAAUAAGUUUUGUGUGAUGAGCUUGGAUCCAGACACCCUUCCGACCAUUGCUACCACCCUCAUUGAUGUACUCUUCUACUCCAGCAGUUGUAAAGAUGCAUCCCACUCGAGCCAGGACCUGGACUGCGUCAAGUUCUUCUCCUUCUCCCUGAUUGAUGGAUACAUCUCACUUGUCAUGGACACAGAGGCACAGAGACAGUUCCCUGCUGACUUGCUGUUCACCAGCUCCUCAGGAGAGCUCUGGAGGAUGGUGCGAAUCGGGGGACAGCCACUUGGAUUUGACGAAUGUGGUAUCGUGGCCCAGAUCUCCCAGCCCCUGGCUAACAGUGACAUCUCUGCCUACUAUAUCAGCACUUUCAGCUUUGACCAUGCUCUGGUGCCAGAGGAGGACAUCGACAGCGUGAUCGACAUGCUGCAGGAGCAGCGGCAGAUGAAGCUGGAGGUGUGAUGCCUCCUAGAAAGACGCAGGUGGCAUGAGACGCACACUGAAAGGUACCAGGUGUGGUGCUGCUGCAUUCGCAGUAUUAACCGCAGUCAGAGCAGCCAUGGCCUGCAGCAGCCUGAGAAGGGCAGCGAAAAAAGCUUGUAAGACCUCUUCUGCUGGAAUUUUCCUCCUCCUCCUCACAGAAUGGAACACUACUUCCAAACUGUGUCUUCCAGGGACUUCAGUGUGAAGUGUGAUGGGAAGCUGCCCAGUAGUUUUGCCAGCAGCUCUGCAGCUGCUCAAAUGAUGCCUUGAGACAUAACAUAAUGUGACUGGAGGGAAACUUGCUUAGGAAGGCCCAAGCUCCCAACAUCUCGUGUGGGUGGGUGGGGGGGGGGUUUAAUAAAUUCUUAGUUGCUACUUUUUAUGCAUGUGUUCUUCGAAACAGACUUUGGGAGCGUUGUCACAAUACCUGUUCUUUUAAUCAGGCCUUUUAAGGUAUGACACUUGAUAUAGGUGUAGAAAAUGGCUUUGCGUGCUCAGUUAUAGUAGUCUGAACUUGGACAUCUAUUCACCACCUACUUGGUGCUUUUUUGUAACAGACUUUUUGAAUAAGUUGUAGUACAUAUUUAAAUAUAAGGAAAUACUUUGAUAAAAGAUCAUAGAAAUUAAAGUUCAAGGGUCUUGUGACGUUGCCUACCCCCGUAUUUCCUAUAAAGCUCUUAUUUAAGGUAUGGCACUUUCCUCAACCCUCAACAAUUCUUUUUUUUUUUUUUAUGUAAGCUAUGCAUUUCACAUGCUUUCCUGUUUUUGCAGGAAAUUAAGUGUAAAACUGACUAUAAGCUAUUCCCUCUUCGCUUUUUUUGUCCUGGUUACCCAAUUUUGCCGCUUUGCACCCACUGCUGGCAAUUUCCUUUCUCACUUUUUCCAUCAGGAAUUUGCCUCCAUUGACAAAAAUGAGUCAUAUGUUGUAAAGAGGUUUGCGGAAUGUGAGGUGUACACUCAGUGGCGUCGUUAUGGUUUUUCUGCCUCUUGCAGAACGAGAGAGAACCUGCGAACCUUUCCUGUCCUCAGUUUUUCUUAAGCACCCCCCCGUUUCCUCAUUUUGGUAUCACUGCCUUUUUGUACAGGAACAAAGUAUUACUACAGAUGUUUGCUAAAUGUUUGUUCAAUAAAAAAAUUUGAAAUAAAAUGGA